UUGAUUGCCUGACUUCCCAAUCAGCUCAUUAAUUAGCCAAUCAGAUUCCUAAAGCUCAUCAUUGUGGAAGGAAGACACAGGAGCCUGCAGACGCUGCAACCUGGAGCAGAAAACAAACUGAUGGAGGAACUCAACGGGUCAGGCAAUGGACAGUUGAUGUUUGGGGUCAAGACCCUUCACCUGGAUCGGAAACCUGCUGUAUUUAGCUGGUUGAAGACAGCAGGUGACUCCAGUCGCACAAUCACACAGUUGACUCCGCUGCUCUGUGGGAACAGCCUGAGCAAGAAGGCACAUCCCACCUUGCCAGGGAAAGGAAAGAGUGUUGACCGUGCUGAUGAGACCCCCGCCCCAAGAUAUUUUCUCCCUCACAAAGGCAACAGUGGGCCAGUUGUACAUUGGGACAGCCGUCCAGAAAGUGCAUGUGAGAGACCGAUCAGCUCCAGUAUCACAUUGAGUCAUUGUCUGCCUCACAAUCUGUCACAACAAGGUGCUAAUCAAUGAAAUUUGAUUCUGAAAUGGGAGCUGUCCCUCGCUCCCACCUCCAACCACUUUCCCAGGAUGAGCUACUUUGUGCUGACAUUAAUAUCCUGGGAUUUGUGAGACAAACUUGCCGUCCAGAUGGCCCUCAGAGACUCAGGCUGCCCUGCCCACAAUACAGAGGCAGAUCCCGUCACUAAUUCCCCGUGUAGCUGGGCACACGUCUAUUGUCCCGUCAGCGAGUGGGGGGAUUGGCUGGUGAGUGUGGGAACCCGAGGGAGAGCAGAGCCCCACACUUUGUCAUGCUAAUACAGGCCUUUAAAUACAGCGGCUGCUGAGUCCGGCCUCACAGAGCUGGGUCAGUCGCUGCCUCUCACUCUCACAGUCCGCAGUGGGCUUCACCCCAUGCUCCGCCUGACACACAUGCCUCCGAGCAGCGCUGCGGAUCAGCAACUGAGGGAAGGCACCAAAACCAGGGUCACCCCCAGGGAACCACGUGGGCUGAUGAAACCCCUGGUGGAGAAGCGUCGCCGAGAUCGGAUCAACAGCAGCAUCGUGCAGCUGAAGGGAUUGCUGGAGAGAGAGUUUCACGCUGACCACAACUGCAGGCUGGAGAAAGCCAAGAUCUUGGAAAGAUGUGUGGACUUCCUGAGGCAUCACCACCUGCUCGGUGAGUGUUUCCCAAACUGUUCCAGCUUCUCUCGGUGACUGGGAAGGCCGGGAUACCAAAGUGGACCCAGUGUAGGUCGGAGAUCAGUUACUGACGCCCAG